AUGGCUUCUCUUGCUAGUUUCGCUUCUGUUCAACCAGCUUCUCUCAAUGUUAAGGGUCUUGCUGGUAGUUCCCUUACCGGAACUAAGCUUGCUUUCAAACCCUCUCGCCAGAGUUUCAAAUCCAAGAAUUUAAGGAGUGGCUCUGUGGUAGCAAAGUAUGGUGACAAGAGUGUGUACUUUGAUUUGGAGGACAUUGGCAACACUACAGGUCAGUGGGAUUUGUAUGGCUCAGAUGCACCAUCACCCUACAACCCUCUUCAGAGCAAGUUCUUUGAGACAUUUGCUGCACCAUUCACAAAAAGAGGACUAUUACUCAAGUUUUUGAUACUUGGAGGUGGUUCAACUCUUGCAUACCUCAGGGCCACAACCACAGGUGACGUUCUACCAAUCAAGAAAGGUCCACAGCUUCCACCAAAGCUCGGUCCCCGUGGCAAGAUCUAA